CCUUUUAGUUGUUUUGUUCCUGGUGUUAUAAGAACUAAAUGUCUGCACUGAGAAUUGAAAACAUGAAUCAAAUAUGCAUUGCAUUUUGUGUGAUUUUGUCCCUCUUCAGUGGGAACUUUGCAAAUAUCGUCUACAAAAAUGGAGACGUGGUACCAGUCAAUUGUGACCCCAAACAGCCCGGCGUCAUUACAUUCUGGUUUCAAAUAAAAACAAGUGGUCCAAAGUAUUUGUUCACUGUUAAAGGCACAGAUGUAAAGAGUUAUACCGAUGAUAAAAAAUACAUAGUGAAUACAGGUGGUAAGGUUAGUUUGGCCAUUCAGUCUUUCAAUAAAAAGACAGACAGUGGUUUCUACACCUGCGCAGCCAUGAACAACAAUAAACUCGUGUUUGGAGAGCUGACUGAAAUUAAUGGAGAACCAGAUCCAACAACAUCAUCUCCAAAAAUUGCUCCAUUACCAUCGACAACAACACCGAUGUCUACGACAAAACCACAGUGUAUAUGUCAAAAAAAAGUCAAGUCCAGAAUCAACUGUGAGAUUUGGAUAUUGUCAUCUCUGGCCUCUGGUUGUGUUCUUCUCCUUAUUCUGCUGAUCAUCACAAUUUUGUACUGCAACCGUUUAAGAACAAGACGAUGUCCCCACCAUUACAAAAGACAACCCAGACCUGCUGGCCAUGCAAAACUGCCCAACAACCACUUCUAGCUCCAGUAAAGUCACAGGAAAAUCCAAUACUGGUUCAAGAUCUCAAUUUCUUCUCAAUAAGCAAAUUUAAAAGCAGUUUGUUCCUUCAUUAUUAUGAAAAUGUUUAAGACAUCUCUGUUUCUUUUCCAGUGAGUUUACACACUUUUUAUAAUCAUUAUGUCUUUGUAUCUUUUAGGGUUUCAUUUGAUACUAUGACAGCAAUCAGACUGUUUUUUUUAUCUUAAUCUGUUCCUAGUUAAAUAUUUUGUGUUUGCUUCAAUGUAGGCUUAUUAAAAAUGAUGUCAAAAAUGAUUACAAAAGCAUUUAAAGCUUUAAAUUACAUCAUGUUCAGUGUCAC